AUGACUGGCCAGACGAGGGCGGCGCCGAGCCGCUCAGUAUUCAUUGGCAACAUCCCAUGGGAUGCCACAGAGGAACAGCUGCGGCAGAUCUGCGAGGAGGUGGGGCCCAUUGUGUCACUUCGGAUGGUGCUGGACAAAGAGACGAAGAAGCCCAAGGGCUUUGCUUUUGCUGAGUACCUCGACGAGGAGACGGCGGAGAGCGCGCGUCGAAACCUGCACGGGUACGAGAUUCACGGCCGUCUGCUGCGCGUUGGGGAGCCCACUGGAGAGAAGCAGGCCGACAGGAAGGGGCAUGAGGCCCGCCCUCCGAUUGACCUGCCCGACCCAGGCCCCCCUCUCGGGGCCUCAGCCGCAGCUGCUGCUGCGUCCACUAUGGCGGCAGUUCUUGGAGGGGGGCAGUCUGCCCCCGGGGGCGUCCCUGCGGGGGACCCCCUGGCGGGGACCAUGGCGGGCAUGGGGCAGCAGCAGCUGUACCAAGUGCUGGCUACCAUGAAGGCUAUGAUCCAGCAGAACCCUGCACAGGCGCGCCAGAUCUUGAUGGCCAAACCGGACCUCACCAAGUCGCUCUUCUUCGCGCAAAUCUCUCUCGGCAUGGUGAAGCCCCCCCCUGCCGCGCCUGCUGACCCCACACCCCCACCGGCACCCACUCCCCCCCUCCCUCUCCACGCNCNCGCNCNCNCNCNCNCCNCNCCNCCNCNCNCNCNCNCNCNCNCGCNCNCNCNCNCNCNCNCGCGCGCCNCNCNCNCNCNCCGCCGCGCGC